AUGGGCUACAUAUAUGAAUUGAUGGAUGCUGCCAAAGAGAAAAUUGCAUUUAGUUUGAAGAGGAACCCAAGACAUUAUCAGCCAAUUUGGAAUAAAAUUGAUGCAAGGUGGACUCCCCAACUCCAUCAACCUUUACACGCUGCUGGAUACUAUCUGAACCCUCAAUUUCAUUAUGAAGAGAACUUCUCAAAUAGAUGUUUGACAAAUGCAUGGGAGAUCGAGUUUGGAACUAGGCUUGCAAUACAUUCUCGAAAGAUCAGGAGUCCAGCAAGUUGGUGGGAGCGUUUUGGAGAGGAAACGCCUGAAUUGACAAAGUUUGCUAUUCGUGUCCUUAGCCUGACAUGUAGUGCAUCAGGAUGUGAGAGGAAUUGGAGCACAUUUGAGUCGAUUCACACGAAAAAAAUAAAUAGACUUGAGCACAAAAGGCUAAAUGCAUUGGUUUAUGUGAAGUACAACUCUUUACUAAGAGAGCGAAACAUUAGAAGAAAUACAAAGAAGCUUGAUCCUAUAUUAGUGGAAGAAAUUGAUUCUGAUGAUGAAUGGAUUUCGGAGGUGGAAGAUCCGGUUCUUCCGGGUGAUCUUUCUUGGCUUGAAGAUGAUCUAUUUGAGGUUGAUGCUAUAAGGAAUGUGCCAAUUGAAUGUUAUGAACAAGGUUUGUCAACUAGAGUGCCUAUUCAUGUAGAGCCACUAGAGGAGCCGAUCUUAGAUGAUGAGCCUAUCUUGGAUGAUGAUUUAGGAUUUGAUGAGCAUGCUGCUUAUUCACCUUCUCCUAAAAGAAAAAAUGAUGAAAGCUCAAGUAAGGUAAGAUCCAAGAAGAAAAUGAGAAAACUUGCUGCAUUACUUAGGGAUGAAGAUGAUGAGAUAGAAGACCUCACUUUGCCUCCCCACACUGAUGCAGCAUUGGACAUUGAUGAUUGUGAUGAUAUUCAUGUGGGUGUGGAUGGAUAUGAUGAUUAUGAAUUGGAAGAAUGAAGUGCAGUUGUUAUUUUCGAAUUAAUUUAGUAUGAACCUAUGUAUUAUUGAAUUUAAUGUUAUGAGAGUUCUUAUUUAGAAGUUAGAACCUUAUUUAAGUAUA